GCCGCCGUCUGCUGCAUGCCGUCUGCUCAUUUCUGUCGCUCGAAGAAGGGCGGACGUGUUUUGCAAAGGUAGUUUUUCUUUUGUGGCAGUCGCACACGUGGGUGCUCGACCGACUCACACACACAGACGAGUGAGGGUUGCAGGCUAGGCCGCCCAAAAUGGUGCUCGGCGUCGGAGUAUUCCAGUCGUGAUUUUGACGGAACUGUCCAUUGCGCGAGUGAGAAGUUUUACGUGAUUCAAAGUGUGCCGCUGGAUUAAUGUAAUCAUCGGAGCAGGGACACAGGGGGUCAUAGGAAAUCGAAAUGGAUUACUGGAAGCAGGCAAUGGAGAACGCCCUGCACUCCAGGGACAAGGUCGGAGUGCAAGACUUCGUCCUGCUCGAGGACUUCGAAAACGAGAACGCCUUCGUGGGGAACCUGAAGAAACGUUUCACCGAAGACCUCAUUUAUACUUUCAUUGGACCGGUGUUGAUAUCUGUGAAUCCGUACCGGAACAUCGACAUUUACACGGACGAUUAUGUCAACCUGUAUCGCAACGCCAACUUUUAUGAACUUCCACCUCACGUGUUCGCCAUUGCCGAUGCGGCUUACACGUGCAUGCACGAAGAGUUCCGUGACCAGUGCAUCCUCAUCUCCGGCGAGAGCGGUUCGGGGAAGACUGAGGCUUCCAAGAAAGUGCUGCACUACGUCGCAGCUGCCAGUCAUCACUCCUCCGCGGUGGAAAGAGUCAAGAACAAGCUCUUACAGUCCAAUCCUGUUCUAGAGGCUUUUGGCAAUGCCAAGACGAACCGCAACGAUAACUCCAGUCGAUUCGGCAAGUACAUGGAUAUCCAGUUUGACUACUUGGGGGCGCCCGUGGGUGGCCACAUUCUCAACUACCUACUGGAGAAAUCUCGCGUGGUUCAGCAAGCAGCGGGAGAAAGGAACUUUCACAUCUUCUACCAGCUGGUGGUUGGCGCCAGUGACGAGCUCUUGGAAAAGCUGCAGCUGCGGAGGGAUCCGAGCUUCUACUAUUAUCUCAACCAGGGUGAUACCACGGAAGUGUUCGGUUUGGACGAUGUGGAGCAGUUUAAGGUUGUCGAAGGGGCGCUGUCGGUCAUCGACUUCACUCCCCGAGAAGAAGAGGAGAUAUUCGCCAUCGUAGCCACUGUUCUUCACCUCGGAAAUACCGGGUUUAUCGAGGAGAAUGGUGAAGCGAUAAUUGCACAAGAUAAGGCUGUGGCUGCUGCAGCUAAGUUACUAGGCUGUUCAGAACAAGUGCUGAGGGAGGCCCUAACCAACAGAAGCAUCGAAGCUCGAGGAGAAUAUGUGACUGCACCUUUGAAUCGAGAUCAGGCUAUUUACGCGAGGGACGCAUUGGCCAAAGCUAUAUACGAGCGGCUUUUCAAGUGGUUAGUCGACAAAUUGAAUCUGUCCCUCAAGGCUAAGAAAACGAACAGCAGGGAACACCAUACCCUAAUGGGCCUUCUGGACAUCUAUGGUUUUGAAGUUUUCAAAAAGAACAGCUUUGAACAGUUCUGCAUCAAUUACUGUAAUGAAAAGCUCCAGCAAUUAUUUAUUGAGCUAACACUGAAGUCUGAACAAGAAGAGUACUUCAAAGAAGAGAUUACGUGGACCCCUGUUGAAUAUUUCAACAACAAAGUGAUAUGCGACCUAGUAGAAGAAAGGCACAAGGGAAUUAUUUCGCUUCUGGAUGAAGAAUGCUUACGACCUGGAAAUACGUCGGACAAGACGUUCUUGAGCAAAAUGGAACAGACCAUAAGAUCCCAUCCGCAUUUUCUCACACAUCACAUUGCCAUCAACAAUAAAGUAAAGAAGAGCAUUGCCCGUGAUGAGUUCCGUCUCAUCCACUAUGCUGGUGAUGUGACUUAUAAGGUGGAAGGCUUCAUCGACAAGAAUAAUGACCUGCUGUACAGAGACCUAAAAAAAGCAAUGGCUGGUGCUAAGAACUCCAUUGUCAAAGAUACCUUUCCUGAGUCAGAACUCCUGAGCAAGAAGAGACCGCCAACGGCUGCAACUCAGUUCAAACAGAGCCUUCAAGAACUAAUGGAAAUACUUAUGUCAAAGGAGCCCUGGUAUGUCCGAUGUAUCAAGCCAAAUGACUUCAAACAAGCUGCCAGGUUUGACGAAAAAGUAGUAGGCCAUCAAGUACAGUAUCUGGGCUUGAUGGAAAACCUAAGAGUCCGCCGAGCAGGGUUUGCCUACCGCCGCCGCUAUGACAUCUUCCUGCAGCGGUACAAGUGUCUCUGCCCAUCUACGUGGCCGCACUUUCGUGGAGACGACGCCAAGUCUGGUGUAGCUGAGCUCGUAAAGCAUUUGCAGUAUCAGGAGGAGGAGUACAGCAUGGGAAAGACCAAGCUGUUCAUCAGGUAUCCACGAACGCUGUUCGAAACAGAGGAUGCUUUCCAGCAGAGGAAGCACUACCUCGCCACAAUCAUUCAGACAAGGUACCGAUGUUUUGCUGCAAGGAAAAAGUACCUACAGAUGAGGAAAGCAGCCAUCAUAAUCGAAAGCAUGUGGCGACGAUACCUAGCAAGGCAGCUGCUUGAGAGGCGAAGGAAUGCCGUAAAAGUUAUAAGGAGGUUCAUCUUGGGCUUCAUGACCAGAAACGAACCUGAAAACGAUGUCAACGCCAGGUUUGUUCGCCAAGUGAAGGUGGAGUACCUGAAAAGGCUCGCUGCAAACCUUCCGAAGAGCGUCCUGGAUCACUCAUGGCCUCCAGCUCCUAUUGUCUGCAAGAAGGCGUCGGAGUUGCUGCACGACCUCCAUCGGACAUGGCUCGUCCGAAAGUACUGCAAGAGCAUCUCUCCGCAACGGAAGGCAUUGAUGGACUGGAAAGUAGAAGCGGAAGCCAUCUUCAGUGGCAAAAAGCAGAGCUACCAAGCGUCGCUACCCUCCGUGUUUUCUGAGAACAGGCUAAACCAAGAGGACGAUCUUCGGAGGACCACGAUGUUUGAAAAGUCUGUGAAGCAUCAAGGGGAGAAGACACUGUACUGCUUGCCAGUAGUCAAGUACGACCGACAUGGCUACAAACCCCGAGAGAGAGUCCUCAUACUCACAGAUGCUGCGCUAUAUCUGGUCGACCGGAAGGACUUCAAAUCCAAGCACCGCAUUCCUCUGAAAUCUAUUGAGGGUAUCACAGUGAGCAGUCUAACAGAUGGUCUUCUCCUUCUAAGGAUACCUCAAGAGAUGAAGAAAGACAAGGGUGACUUAAUACUGGAUACACGUGCACACCUUAUUGAAGCUGUUUCGAAGAUAACAACAGCCUUUGGCCAGAGGAGCCUCGUGCUUAUAGAACUGAGCAAUUCUGUUCGCCACCGUCUCAGUGGUGGUAAGGAAGGAAUGAUCGACUUCAGCCAGGGUGCCAAGCCGGAGAUUUCCAAGGGCAAGAACGGCCACUUGAUAGUGGUUUCCCCAACAUCACCAUAAGACUGCACUUUGCUACGUCUUGCAGAAGACCACAGUACAUAUAGACAUUGAUACUAUAGUAUGCCAAUGGAAGGCCAUUGCAGUGACAUGUUUGCCAGAGCCAUCAAGACAGACAAAUGGAACACUGAAAGCAAAGUUUCAGUUCCUGCCUGUUUUGAAAAAAAAACCUGUGUACAAAGUGCCUUGUCUCAGCUGCCUCACCCAUGAGUGCCAUUUUCAUUUUGAUAUAAAAAAAAAUGCUUGAGAUUUAUAUGCUACACUUCUACAGCACAAGUGUCUGAGACCUGUGAUAUAUAUUGAUUAAAUGCUUUUUUUUUCAGUCAUUUUUCAAUAAAACUGAUACCGGAGGUAUACACUUAAAGGUA